CAAAGAAGAAAGUGAAUCGUUAUGCAAAAGACAAAUGGUUAACAGCAUUUUAAGUAAGAACAUAUUUCAUGUAAUCUGAUAAAUGUAAUCUUGAUGGUGGCUAAUGAGGAUGAAAAUGGCAGUUUCACUACUCUGCUUCAUCAGCAUACAGCUUGUGAUACACAAGGCUCCUCUCUGGUUUCUUACACUCUUGAAAAGCACAGCAGCCACAAAGACAAGACCGCUUGAUUCUCAGACGCUCCUGCAACUAAGGUGUUGGCUGAUUUGUGGUCCGGCGAGAAAUUUCAGGAAAUUAUCCGUGAUAGAGUGGUUUAAUUAGAUCUUUUGAAGUAAGCUACAUAACUUGUUACGAAUUCUCAAAUGGGGAGAUACAAUUUCAAUGCGGGAAAUACAGCCUUUAACGGAACUCCUAAUGGUAGUAAUGAUUUUGCUACAGCCCCGGCAGUCGCUCUUGGCGUUGCUACUGGUUUGGCUGCAAAUGGGACCACAUCAAUUGAUUCAGAAAGCUCUUCUUCUGAUUCUAUCCGUAUUAUGAUAGAUCUGAAUGUUCCAUAUGUUCCUGACAGCGGUGACUCUGAGAUAGAUGGGCCAGUUGGAUUUGAUCUAAAUGAGGUGAUGCAUAAUCAGCAGUGCGUUUGCGGAAGAAAGAGAAAAGCACGUGACAGCACUUCCAGCAGCUCAAGCUCAAGCUCAAGCACAAGAAAUCGUCAUGCUCCUAGUCAGUCAAACCAGAUCGCUCCUAGGGGCACAACAGGAGGAAUUUCCAUGUCUGGAACUUCUCGUACUAUGAGUGACUUUGCAAGAAAUACCAGCCUCGGUCUUCCGGAGCGUCAGCUAAGCAUAGACCUAAAUGGAAUAUCUGCUGGAAAUACUCAGCGCUAUUCACCAACUCCGUCGUGCAGGAUGUCCUCUCUGCUAAAUGCGAAAUCAGCUGGACUCCAGCCUUUGAUUCAGAGACGUAGUUCACCUGUACGACGCAUGACUAACUCAAGCUUUGUAGAGACAUCUUCAGUUCCUCGCAUCCCUAGAGCAAAUAAUGCCGGGAGCUCUCUUCAAAUGCAAGGCUUAUGGCACGCUCCAACAGCUCCACCUUCUCAGAGUACACACUUUCCUGGAGCUUCAAGGAUAGCUCUGGUGGAAAACGCUUCACAUUUGAUGUUCACUGAGCAACAUACAAACUUCCAUAGCGAUAUUCCAUCUGCUUCAAGAUAUCAAUCUAAUGCUGUUAUUCAGCCUUCAAGUAGUGCAAUGAGAGAUUUGACAGCAAAUGAACUGAGGACAAGAAGAAUUGCUGAUUUUCUGAGAAGGCGCUCAGAGUUCAAUGACAUUCAUCCUCCAUCACUUCCCCUUGUAAUUGGGGAAACUGUUGCUGCUGAUAACAGAGAUAGGCUGGUGUCUGCGGUUAGUUCUUCAAUCAUAACAUGAAUACUGUUCAGUUUCUUAAUUUCGUUGAGCUCUCAAGCCAUUCUCUUUCCUACAUGGAUUUUCUCGUUUAUUUAGCUAUCCGUCUUUUGGUGCUGAAAAAUUUUCCCUUAAAAUAUUCCCUCAAUCCUCCCUCUCCUUUUAAGUACACACUGCAUUCAAUA